AACAAGAAGAAAACUUUGAGUUUAUCAUUGUCUCUCUCACCGGCCAGACUUGGCACUUUGAAGCUACCACAUAUGAAGAAAGAGAUGCAUGGGUACAAGCCAUAGAGAGUCAGAUCUUGGCCAGUUUACAGUCAUGUGAGAGCAGCAAGAACAAGUCCCGCCUGACGAGUCAGAACGAGGCCAUGGCCCUUCAGUCCAUAAGGAACAUCAGAGGCAAUUCCCACUGUGUGGACUGUGAAGCACAGAACCCCGACUGGGCCAGCUUGAAUCUGGGAGCCCUCAUAUGUAUCGAAUGCUCAGGUAUACACCGAAACCUUGGCACACACCUCUCCCGGGUCCGCUCUCUCGACCUGGAUGACUGGCCUAUAGAGCUCAUCAAGGUGAUGUCUUCUAUUGGGAAUGAGCUGGCAAACAGUGUCUGGGAGGAGAGCAGCCAAGGCCACAUGAAACCUUCAUCAGACUCCACAAG